GAAAACGUACUUGUACGACUUGUACAUACAAAGAUUUCGAUUCUAGUAAGUUGUAUCUAACUGGCCCAGGUACAUGUAAAGACGAUCAUACGGACUUAAGCAGGACACCAUGCAUGCGACCUCCAGCUGUACAGUUAUGAUUGUCACCAGCUCGAUAUCAUCCUUGACUUGCGAGGGAAUUUUAUAGACUACUGCCACAAACAUAUACACGUGAAUAUUUUAAUUUAAUGUGUCACCGAUGGCCAAACCCAGGAUGGCGAGCAGCUGUAAAGAGAAAUUUAAGUCCGAUGCUGCUCACCUUUUAUAUGUCGUUAAUCAUCGGGUGUUACACUCAACUGAUGUCACAUGCUUUAUGGAAGUGCAACAAGAAUCAGACGAGGAUGUAAGAAACAAAAAUCUACAACUGAAACUGUUGUGUGUUUGUGUUGUUUGGCUUGGGAAGGGAGCGUGCGAAUGUCGAGUAACAGUGGGUGGUUGGUCUGUGAACAGUCCGGCGGGUCAAAGGUUAGGGUUGGAGUAAAGGAGGGUAAGAGCGGUCAGGCACCAAAGAACGACACGUAUCGCGCGCGCGUGCGUGUGUGUGUGUUGGCGCGUGUGCGACAUGACCCUUCCGUCCUUCUCACGUGUAAGGGCGAAGGGAUGAAGGAGGGAGGGGAGAGGGAGGACGAGGGGAGGGUGGCGAGGCAGAGGGCUUUCCUCAUCGGUGCGCGUGGGAAGUUGCCGCCACUCAUUGAUCGUGAGGGCCAGCGACUGGCAGACAGCAGCAGAGUUCUUUCUCUCUCUCUCACUCACACACUCACACUGGCCUUCAUCACCAGAGUAGCACAAGCACGUGUGCAAGCCGCAUGUGUGAGCCGCCGCUGUACGAUGGCCAGGGCCAUGGCGACAGCGUUAUGGCGGAAGGGGCCGCGGGCGGGGCGGCCGCUUCACUGGGUCGCCGUGUUCCUGUCCUUGACCCUUGCCCUAGUCCUGCUGACCCUCCUGUCCGCGCAGGGUCGGGCGUGCUCGCCGAACCGACUGCUGGACGCAGACUUGCGGCAGGUUGAACACUACUUCACCCCGAAGCCGCAAGACACCGCGACGCUUCACCUUUCUGCCGCGACCCACUUCGCGACGCUCCCUCGCCCCAGCUGUGUGACCCCGCGCCUGACCUUCUCAUUCUCGUGCCCACCCCGCCACAUGACGGACACGUGCGUGACGUCAUUCGUCAGACCUGGGGAUCCGCCGUUGGUGGUGCCUGGCCGCACGCGGAGGCGACGGCGACGCGGCAGCGGAAAGUGGCGCUGGUGUUCCUGGUCGGGAUGGAAACCGAGAUGACGCAGGGGGAGGUAAGCGCGACUAGCGUGCGGCAGGAGGCGGAGCGGCACGGCGACGUGCUGGUGGUGGACGUCAGCGACACCUACCGGAACCUGGUGCACAAGAUUCUGCAUGGUCUGCGGUGGGCCGCGCGGCAUUGCGCCGCCGCU